AUGGCAGCACACAGAGGAUACCUGCUCCUCCUUGGAUUUCUGGGAUUCAUAUUCCUCAUCAUUUUGUUCUAUUACCAAUGGGACAUUUCACAACAACAGCGAGCAGAGAGGACGUAUCAGCAACAGGAGCUGAGACAGCAGCUGCUAAGAGAAAUGUGCAAUGGUGACAAAGAGGCAUUCUCUGAGGGGAAGUACAGUUUAGAUGACUUAAGUGACGAAGAGAUGAAGAACUUAAUUGUGGAUGACAAUCACGGCAUCAUCUACUGUUAUAUUCCCAAGGUGGCCUGUACCAACUGGAAGAGGGUUAUGUUUGUCCUGAAACAGGGUGAGCCAUAUGUUGACCCCAUGUCCAUCUCUGGUGACUUGGUCCACGAGGCAAAUGAGCUCACUCAACUAACCAACUUCUCAAGAACAGAGAUAAAGGUAAGGCUGAAGUACUACAGCAAAUUCAUGUUUGUCCGGGACCCGUUUGUCCGUCUUAUCUCAGCCUACCGAGACAAGUUCCUGCGGUACAAUGAGUACUACUAUGAAAACUUUGGCCGGACCAUUCUGCGUCUGUAUGGGAAUAAUCCUGAUCCACCACAGACUUUGGAGGAAGCGUUCGCAUCAAACAUACGCCCCUCUUUCUACAACUUUAUUCAGUACCUCCUGGACCCCCUGACAGAGAAGCAGGAGCCCUUUGAACCCCACUGGAGGCAGAUGUACCGCAUGUGCCACCCCUGCCUCAUACAGUAUGAUUUUGUUGGCCAUCAGGAGACUCUUCAGGACGAUGCCGAACUGCUGCUAGGUAACCUGCAACUGAAGGAUGAAAUCAAUUUCCCGCCUUCUUACGAAAACAUGACAUCCCCUUAUUCAAUGUCGGAUUGGUAUGAAACAGUGCCCCUAGAGGACAGGAGGAGGUUGUACAAGCUCUAUGAGGAGGACUUCAGGAUGUUUGGCUACAGUAAACCCACCACAUUGCUUGAUGAUUGA